UUUCUUUAACAAACCUGCUUCAGUGUUAAAACCCUAAACCUCUGUUCGGAAAAUCUCCAAUUUUCUUUUCUAAUUUUUUUGUUGUCUUCAAUGAACUUUGAUUCUUCAUAUCUCAGAUGAUAAGCCAAUAGCAAAAAAAAUGUCAACAAGAUCCCAAGCAUCUUUGUGCUCUAGGUUCCUCAGCCAAACCCUUCAAAGCAGGUCCAAAACCCUACCCUCAUUUUACCGGAAAAUCUCAACUUUCCCACAUUUUCCCGCUAAGCAAACACCAAAAUCCUCAUUUUCUUCGAAAGGAGCCCAUUUCUCCACAGCCUCCUCCACAGAAGUUCGGGAUCUUCUUGCUGAAGUAGAGCGUGAGAAGCGGAGAGAAAAAGAGGACAGGACGAGAAAAGGUUUGGAUACAAAGGAUAUUGAUGAAGAGGAUCAAGAAGAUUACAUGGGUGUAAUGCCGUUGAUAGAGAAGCUUGAGAAGGAGAAAUUGAAGGAUACUGGGAAUUUAGACAGGUACGAGGAGCCUACAGAUUCGGAUAGCGAUGAAGAUGAAGAUGAUGAGAGGUUUGGGCCUGAGGCAGUUCAGAAGAGGAUUGAGGAGUUUGAGAAGAAGCAUAAGAGGCAUGAGGAGUUGCUAAAGGACUUCACUGAGGCCGAGACACUUGAUGAAGCUUUCAAAUGUAUGAGAAAAAUUGACAAGUUUGAGGAAAAGCAUUUUCGGCUUCGCCCUGAAUACAGGGUCAUUGGUGAGUUGAUGAAUCGACUUAAGGUAGCAGAAGGCAAGGAGAAAUUCAUUCUUCAGCAAAAAUUAAAUAGGGCAAUGAGGCUGAUUGAAUGGAAGGAAGCCUAUGAUCCCAACAAUCCUUCCAAUUAUGGAGUUAUUCAGCUUGAACAAGUUGGUCAAUCUGAUGAUCUUGUGGAAAAUGCUGGACAAGAAGAGGAAGAGCAAAUGGUACGAGGAGCUGCUGCUGAUGACGAUGAUGAUGAAGAAUUUGAUGACAUGAAAGAGAAGGAUAACAUACUGUUAGAGAAGCUCAAUGCUAUUGACAAGAAACUUGAAGAGAAGCUGGCAGACUUGGAUCAUACCUUCGGGAAGAAGGGAAAGCUUCUGGAGGAGGAGAUCAGAGAUCUUGCUGAGGAAAGAAAUGCUUUGAUUGAAAAGAAAAGAAAACCUCUUUACAGAAAGGGUUUUGAUGUGAGGUUGAUAGAUGUAAAUCGAACUUGUAAAGUAACUAAGGGAGGGCAAGUGAUCAAGUACACUGCUUUGUUAGCUUGUGGAAACUAUCACGGUGUUGUUGGCUAUGCAAAAGCCAAAGGCGCAGCAGUCCCUAUUGCCCUCCAAAAGGCAUAUGAGAAAUGCUUCCAGAAUCUCCACUAUAUUGAACGGCAUGAGGAGCAUACAAUUGCCCAUGCAGUUCAAACAGCAUAUAAGAAGACUAAGGUGUAUCUCUGGCCUGCACCAACUACAACUGGUAUGAAAGCUGGAAAAACUGUCGAAAUCAUUUUAAAUUUAGCUGGCUUCAAGAAUGUCAAAUCAAAGGUUGUUGGCUCAAGGAAUCCUCACAACACAGUCAAGGCUCUUUUUAAAGCCCUCAAUGCAAUUGAAACUCCGAAAGACAUUCAAGAGAAGUUUGGCAGGACAGUAGUUGAGAAAUACUUGCUGCAGUAAGCAUGCUUUUACAGCCCAAGCAGCAUACAUUAUAUUUUCUCAAUUUUGAACAUUUUGAAUCAUAAAUUAGACGAGAGAAAAAAUAAUGAAAAUGUUGUCAUGGGUUGAUGCUUUCCUUGCCCCCAUGUAUUUGGUAGA